AUGGCUUCUUUCUCGUUGACCGCUGACACCUUCCCCGUCCCUACUUAUCUGCCCAGAGGGUAUAGUAACCUUCGUACCUUUCUUGACGUGACUUUCAACAUACACUGGAUGAGCCAUGGAACCAAAUCGCCCCAAGCGACACCUCUUAUCAUUACCGGCGGAGAUCCGGAUCCUUAUCUAUAAGGCGGUGUUUGAUGAUAACGACGUUUGUGAAAUCCAACGCAGGUCCAUUCCUGUCUGGUGCCCGGUCGACAAAUGCUGGUAUAAAGUCCGGCGACAGUUCAUGGCCGACCAGACGAAUCGAAAUAGCUGGGAUGGCUUCUGUUCACAUCCGGGUUGUCAAACAAAACAAGGCCAAACAGUCAGUCGUGACAUCUACGUCGGCCAUGGUCCACUCAUAGCUUCCGGGCAUUAUCCUUGCCCCAAGUCCCUGGAGAGGAAUCCGGCGCUUAGUCUCGGCUUCCUUCGCACCUGUCGUCAGGUAUACGAAGAGGCAAGACACUUCCCCUAUAGUCGAGCCACCUUUUUCACCCAAGAGCUUGGCAGCUUUGCCAACUUCACCUAUUCCUUGAAAGCAUGGCAGGUGGCCUCCAUAGCUCAUCUCAAGAUACGGAUUCCAUUGGUGCAGAGCGUAGAGACACAUCUGGCCGAAUGGAACGAAACGCUUUCUUUAAUUAGCCUGGCGUUCCAUGGCUUGUCUACUAUCUCUGUGGAUGUCCACUUCCGCUAUGCUGAGCAAACCUGGAGGGACACCUUCUGGGAUGGCGGACUUUUAGAAUUGGAUCGGUUAAAGUUGAAGGGCAUGCAACUGGUCAUCUACGAGGGGGAAAGGGAUCCCAGACAAUUCUUCGAGUAUUCGGCGGGGACCCUGGCAUCUGCACAGCCGAAUCAGAAGGCUGCCACUCCCAACCCCAUCAGCUUCCAACAUGCCCGUGAUACCCUUCGACAACGGGACCAGUCGCGCAUUGAUCCCAACGAUACCGGGCGCUUAUUUUUCCGCCUCUCGCCCAACGACUUCCCUCUCUAUGUAUGCAAUCUCAUCCACUUGCUUCCUCAGCGGCCUCGCACUGAAGCGGAGAUCCGGCGCGAGGAUAGACAUCAGCGGGACUACAAUUACCACUACGCCUAUCCCGAGGACGACCCUGAACACGUGAACCCAAUCUUCGGCUUCCAGUUCAGUGACGCUCUCAAGGGAAACAAGGAUGAGAUUGCGCGAGGGCUAGAUAAGCUGCAACGGUCUCGCAAACGCUUGCAGCAGCAAAAGGCCAAGUCGCCCUUACCUUUGCCCUACAAGCCCAGUCGGAGAGGCGUCUACCCACAAAGUCGGAGGAAUAGCCAGGAGUAUCAAUCCGACCGCAGUGAUAUGGGCGAGGAGAUUGAGCGUCCCGGAGACUGGAGACGCCGUUUGGUUCAGGAAAAGUUUGCACCGUUUAUGGAGUCCUUCCCCUUGUCAGCGACCCGAAAAUACCCCGGACCCCAGAGCAUCUGUUUGAAUUGCCCACGAGAGGCCACUGGAGACAGCGAGCAUGUGAAAUAAAAGUUUGCAAAUGGUCUCACUGCAUGUACAUAGUGAAGCCAUAUUUCCCUUAAUAGAUCAGCAAUAGUCGUCUGUUCCAAGCAGAGGAACUUGAGAACUCAUGAAUAGCAAAAAAUAACAUCCGUAUAGUACCAUU